GGCCAUACGGCGAUGGCAGCAACCUCCCUGCCAGAGCAGGCUCUUUAUUGGAGGAGGGGCUGUCAAUCCGCGGCCGAGCAAGCCCCACUCUCCGGCAAGCUGCUCCCGAGGUCUGAUUCUGGAGCGGUGGCCGGUUGCGAUGGGAAGCGGCGUCGGAGGGAACAAAGUUUGCAACACUUGGGCACUUGGCUGCUGGUGUCCGUGAUGCCCCUGGCAGGAGCUGGCGCUUAAGAGCAGGGGGCGGCCGGGCGGCUGGCUCGCCUUGCUGGUCUCCUGUCGGCACUGCUAUCGCAAAGUUUGAGCUAUUUUAAUGUACUAAAAUCCAGGAUUCUAAUUAUCAGCCCUCCCCGCCCCCACCUCUCCUUCUAGGAUUUUUGGAGCUAUAUGGAGGGAUCUCAGGAUGGUGUGCACCAGGAAAACCAAAACUUUAGUGUCCACUUGCGUGAUUUUGAGUGGAAUGACUAACAUCGUCUGCCUGCUGUACGUGGGCUGGGUCACCAACUACAUUGCCAGUGUUUAUGUGAAAGUGCAGGAGCCGAUCUCAGAAAAAAAGUUAGAGGAAGACAAAGGGGACACUUUAAGGAUUAUAGAAAGGCUGGACCAUUUGGAAAAUGUCAUCAAGCAGCACAUCCAAGAAGCUCCACCAAAACUGGAAGAAAAUCCUGCUGAAGCAUUCACUGACUCAUCUCUCUUUGCUCACUGGGGCCAGGAUCUCAGUCCUGAAAACAGACGUAUCGCACUGAAGCAGUUCCAGUAUUACGGCUACAACGCUUACCUGAGCGAUCGCUUACCACUGGACAGGCCCCUGCCUGACCUUAGGCCUAACGGGUGCAGAAACCUUACAUUUCCUGACAGACUUCCUGAGGUCAGCAUUGUAUUCAUAUUUGUUAAUGAAGCUCUCUCGGUGAUUCUGCGCUCCAUUCAUUCAGCCAUUGACCGGACUCCUGCUCACCUGCUCAAAGAGAUUAUUUUAGUUGAUGAUAACAGUAAUAAUGAAGAACUCAAGGAGAAACUAAAGAAGUAUGUUGAUGAAGUGAAUGCCCGUAAGCCUGGUUUCAUCAAGGUGGUUCGACACAGCAAACAAGAGGGGCUGAUUCGGUCUCGAGUUAGUGGAUGGAGAGUAGCCACAGCACCAGUAGUCGCUCUCUUUGAUGCCCAUGUGGAAUUUAAUGUGGGAUGGGCUGAACCGGUGCUCACUAGGAUAAAAGAAAACAGAAAAAGAGUUAUUUCUCCAUCAUUUGAUAAUAUUAAGUAUGAUAAUUUUGAAAUAGAGGAGUAUCCCCUCUCAGCGCAGGGGUUUGACUGGGAGCUGUGGUGCCGAUACCUGAACCCUCCUAAGUCAUGGUGGAAGCUGGAGAACACAACUGCUCCAAUAAGAAGUCCUGCAUUGAUUGGAUGCUUCAUAGUAGAUAGAGAAUAUUUCCAAGAGAUUGGCUUACUGGAUGAAGGCAUGGAAGUAUACGGAGGAGAGAAUGUGGAGCUGGGAAUCAGGGUAUGGCAAUGUGGAGGAAGUGUUGAGGUUCUGCCCUGCUCCAGGAUUGCCCACAUUGAAAGAGCACAUAAACCAUACACAGAAGAUUUAACUGCUCAUGUCCGGAGAAACGCACUAAGGGUGGCUGAAGUCUGGAUGGAUGAAUUUAAGAGCCAUGUCUAUAUGGCGUGGAACAUACCCCAGGAGGACUCCGGAAUUGAUAUUGGUGAUAUUUCUGAGAGGAAGGCCUUGAGGAAAAAGCUCCAGUGCAAGACCUUUAGGUGGUAUCUUGUCAGCGUGUAUCCAGAAAUGAGAAUGUAUUCAGAUACUGUCGCCUAUGGAGUGCUGCAGAAUUCCCUGAAAAGUGAUUUGUGCCUUGAUCAAGGGCCAGACACGGAGAAUAUCCCAAUCAUGUAUAUCUGCCAUGGAAUGACACCACAGAAUGUUUAUUACACAAGCAAUCAGCAGCUCCAUGUGGGUGUUCUGAGUCCCACUAUCGACGAUGAUGACAACAGAUGCCUGGUGGAUGUGAACAGCAGGCCCAGGCUCAUUGAAUGCAAUUAUGCCAAAGCCAAGAGAAUGAAGCUUUACUGGCAGUUUACUCAGACAUCUUGAAGCAAGCCUAGAUCAAGGCAGAUAAAUCAAGCCUGACUUGUUUGCAGAAGUCAUUUAUAUGUAAUCUCAGAAUGAAAGACAAAAAGGUAACUUUUCUAAGCUUUUCACAAACUCUAUUUGUAAAACAUGCAAAUAAAGCCAAUGUAUCCAGCACUCCCCUCUUUUUCCUAGUUAUACCGUAAUAUUGUUUCUCUACACAGCCAGCUACUGUAUGGGACAACCCAUGAAAAGAAAGAUUGUAUAAGAAAAAAUGUUACCCUGCAGAAAACGUUGGUGCAGAGCAUUAACUUUGGAUUCAUUCCUAUAGGCCAGGUUUCACUCAAGACUCCAGAGAUGUUCAGAAACAGAGGAUUUACCUAUAUCUAACACUACGGCUAGUAGAAGCAGAUAUAAAAUGUAGCUGUUGUUGUUAACUUAUGUAGUGCAGAAACACAUCUUAAUUUCUAAUUCAGAACUCUAGAGUAUUGAAGUUAGAACACUAAAUAGCCAGCGACUACUCAGCGUAGCGGGUUCUGCAUUUACAGUUUUCUGAAUGCUACCAAGUAGGACAGUAGGCAGUACGUGGCAAAAGGAGGAUGCACGAGAGACACUUACAAGCAGCAUCCCCUUUUAACAGAGGGGAAAAAAAAUUUCAGAAAAUGUCAACAUGCAUUUCUGGAGCUUACUCUUUUAUGACUGUCGAAAAGACAUUCCCUUUAUUUCUGAAUGAAUUGUCCGUUCAACUUGUUACUCAGGACAGCAGCUGUAGUCAGGAAAGCGACGCGCAUCAUUAUCAGCUGCAUAGCACAAAGCUAAUUUUUCCUUUUCUACAAAGGACUGAUUAGGUAAUCUUAGCUAUCAGAAGAUCAGCAUAAUGCAUCAUCAUCUGGAUUUGCUGCCAAAACAAAACCAAACAAUAUGU